AUGGUACAGCUUCCAGAUAUAACAUGGGUUCAGUCUCCAGAGUCCAAGAUGGUAGAUCCUUCAGAUCAUUUGAUUGCUAUAGCAUUCAGAGCCUAUGAUAAGUACAGCUUCCAAGAGUCUAACAUGUACAGCCUCCAACCCUUAGAUGGGCGUGAUCUAACCUACAGAGAAUAUCUCGGUAUACCAUAUGCCGAACCACCGGUUGGAGAUCUAAGGUUCAGACCCCCAAAGCCACUCAAAAAGAAGUGGUCUGGUGUACUUGAUGCAACCAAACAUGGACCUGCGUGUAUGCAACAUGAAAUUCCAUUAGUGCCACCACCAGCUAAAACAGAUGAAGACUGCUUGUACCUUGAUGUUCUAACCCCAGGGAACGGUUCUAACAACGUAUCAAAGGCAGUUAUGAUUUGGAUCCACGCAGGCGGCUACACUUUGCGAUCUACGCGUAUAUACGAUGGUGCCAAGUAUGGUGUGAUCGGCGAUGUGGUUGUCGUUAUGAUGAAUUACAGACUCGAUAUAUUUGGUUUCCUCAGUACAGGAGAUGACGUAGUUCCGGGAAACAUGGGUCUGUUAGAUCAACAUCUUGCUAUUCGCUGGGUGAACCGCAACAUUGCCUUAUUUGGAGGAGAUCCAGCACGAAUUACCUUAUUUGGAGAAUCUGCUGGGGCAACAAGUGUUACGCAACAAGCAAUUGCUCCUUGUAACAAAGGACUUUUUAAGAGAGUGAUUUCUCAAAGUGGAACAAUUUUCUCGGAUUUCGCAUUUCAUGGAAAAGAUAUGUUACCAGCCGUAAGGAAAACUGGAACAUUAGUAAAUUGUACAGAUGCUAACGUUACGAAGCUUAUUGAAUGUCUCCAACGUGUGAAUCCGAAGGCGCUGCUACUCGCUUCACGUCCUCCAUUUGAUGCUAUUGAUAUCAUAUAUGGCUGGAAUCCUGUUGUCGAUGGAAAAUUCAUCACCAGAGAACCAGCUGAUUUGCUGCGAGGUAGGGCUCGUGGACCCGUGGCAAAAAUGCUGAGAAGUAUUGAUCUCUUGAUUGGCCACAACAGCGAUGAAGGUUACAGAUUUAUACAAUUCUAUGCCGUAUUUCAACACCCUAAUUUUGAAUUGUGGAAUCCGUCAUGGAAUGAGGUUUCCAUUGUUCUCCCUGUUAUGGAAAAGUUUUUGAAAAUUGUCGCCGCCAAGUACGGGGACGAAACGGUCGCAGAAACAAUCUAUGAAACACUUGCACUGGCGUAUUUCGGUAUACAUAAGGGAGCCAAAUUCAACGGGGAACGACUUGCUCAAAUAGCUAACGAAAUUAUAAAUGACAGAUGGUUUUUAAUCCCAGCACUACAAUUUGCUAAUUUACAUGCCGGGCUUGGUGGUCGGACGUUCAAAUAUCACUUUAUCUACAGGCCGUCUACGGCCAUGCAUCCCAGCUGGGUUAAAGGGGCCGAUCACAAUGCUGAGUUUGUAUUGCAAUUUGGAAGCUUUCCCGAUGAUCCCAUUGAUCAACUGGUGGCAUGUACUAUGAUAACAUACUGGAGCAACUUUGCCAAGACAGGAAAUCCCAAUGAACCAGCUGCCAAUCCUGCACUGUCAGCCUAUUGGCCUCCGUUCACAAAGGAGAAAAGUCAAAAUCUCGAAAUAUCUGCUAACACAGCACCAAGCCAGCCUGGUGAAAUCAUCAAACCUGACCGAGUUCACUUUUGGACUGAAUUUCUCCCGAAGAUUACAGCUACUGCUAAAUGUGGAGCAAAGAAAACGAAAAAAAUAUGAAAAUUAAGAAAGUGAUGGGUAGAACUUGCUUUAAUGUACUUUUCAAUGUAAGUAAUGAUAUAUGGAUGAAGUCAGUAUUAUUCGAAGGCUAAUGUCGCCUAGUUUGGAAUCCAUGUGUUUGUAAUUUUGAAAAUAACUAAAGAUAAUAUUAUUUGGAAAGUGAGAGAUAUCGAUGAUGUGAUAACGACGAAACAGUUAAACACCAAUGGC